AUGCAUUCGGACUCCAGUCCCAGCAGCAGAGCCUCUUCCCCGGACAUGGACCGCAUGUUCCUGCGAGAACUACACCCACUCCACCACCUGCACCACCACCACGUCGGCUCCUCAGUGUCCUCCUCCACGCAGAAGAUCUCCGAGCACCUGCGCUCCGUAGACCCCAACUCAGUGUCCGUGGAGAGCAGCAGCAGUAGCAGCAGCAGCAGCAGCAGCAGCAGCAGCAACAAGUACAAGUUGAAGAAGCCAGCCAGCGAGGAGGAGAUGUUCGAGCUGCGGCUCAAGAUCAACGGCCGGGAGCGCAAGCGCAUGCACGACCUCAACCUGGCCAUGGACGGCCUGCGGGAGGUGAUGCCCUACGCGCACGGGCCCUCGGUGCGGAAGUUGUCCAAGAUCGCCACGCUGCUUCUCGCCAGGAACUACAUCCUGAUGCUCAACAGCUCCCUGGACGAGAUGAAGCGGCUGGUGGGGGAGAUUUACGGCGGGCAGCACUCGGCCUUCCACUGCGGCACUGGGCCCGGUGGACACUCCGGGGGCCCGGCCGCUGCAGCCGCCGCCGCUGCCGCCGCCGCCGCCGCGCACCAUGUGCACCCUCUCCUCGGGGGCGCGCUGUCUUCCUCCGGGUCCUCCUCUCUGUCGGGCGGGCUCCCGGGGCUCACGUCCAUCCGUGCGCCACACGCCCUGAUGAAGGGCGGCCCGGCUGCGCCCCCGGCCCUGCAGCUGGGCCCCGGCUUCCAGCACUGGGCCGGGCUGCCGUGUCCCUGCACCAUCUGCCAGGUGCCCCCUCCCACACACAUCCCCAUCACCUCCACUGCCCUCACGAGACUCACGGGGGAGGGAAAGGACGGGAUGAAAUGA